AGAUUUCUUGCGUUUAAAAACUAUAUCUGUAGUACACUCCCUCUUCAUAGGCACUUGAAGCUGUUUUCGUUUUCUCACCUACUUCUGAUAGCUAUUAGCCUUUUUCUCGAGAUGGUUCUAAUCGUUGAACUCGAGCCAAGUACCGAAGACCUACUUGACUAUGCAUCAUCCACCCCAGUCUCCACUAGCCCUACUGAGCCGGCCAGGGAGUUCCCACCUGAGGGCAACGAAGUAAUUCCGUCGAAAGCACUCGACAAGAAUCCACUCACCAGGUACCUCAAGUACCUGAUUACAACGCGAAUCUCGCUGGUUGACACCUAUGUUAGCGAUCUCCCAGGCGUCUACGAGGAAGCCCUGUCCUCUGAUUCCUCACUGCUCAACACCAGCACCCAGAGCUUGGGUCGCCUGGCAAGUGCUAGCAUGCAAUUCCAGCAGCACAUCGAAGAGCUGUCGCGGAUUGGUGGCGACAUCAGCACGGCGUGUGGGGCGCUGGACACAACCAUCGAGUGCCUAAUGAGGCGUGUAGUGGCAGAACGGAUGCAGCACGCGAUAAAGGCUGAAUUUGAAGACUACUUUCUGCAGAUUGCCGAGCAGAGUGCCAAGAGUUUCGAUUCCUUCGAGUUUGGCCUCAGCCCCUCUCAGUACCUCGAUGACUGGAUUCCCAGUAUUGUUGUGUAUGGUGGGCCGACGGAGGGUCUGAACUGGCGUUCGUUCAUCAUUUCCCAUGCCUCGCCUUUGGUGCAACACUAUGCCAAAUAUGACUUGGAGAGCGCCGUUGACUGGGAAGUGGCCAAACGCAGAAUCAACAGAAAGCUCACUGUCAGCAUGCCCUGUGACAGGCUUGUUCAGGACAGGGACCUGAUUGCCGAUGCAGGAGGGUACCAGCAAGCACUUGACAGGCUGUCGAAACAAGUAUCCGGGUGCUAAGAUUAGUCUUCGCUGGGUUAGCGUGCUGUGCAGCAGUGCAAUAGCAGGAGCGCAUGGUGCAGGCACUGACAAAGCUGAAAAUUCGUGAGAUAGCCUCGUUUGAUUUCAAUAGCCUGAGGGACUACAGACCUAGCUCUGGCUCUAGCUCUAGCUCUGGCUCUGCUGGACCAGAUAUUCCGUAAGGUGAUGCCGGCAUAACAUUCCAAUAAAAUACUUG